UAACUGCCACUAAGAGUGUGCGCAUAUAUGUGUGUGUGAGGGGAGUGAGAGAGGGAGGGAGAUGGCGAGAGAGGCACCGGGAGAGAGGAGUGUAUGUGUCGGGAUCCGUGCGUCCGUGUGUGAACGCUUUCCCCGAGCGGUGUAGAGGGGGAGAGGAACGGAGGGCGAGAAAGAAGGAAAGAAACUGGGAUUUGCUUCUCAUUUAUAAAUUGGACUUUAAGUGAAGAGCCAUGUUCUGUAUAAAAGCUGUGUCCAACCUGGAUGAGGAGAGCAAGUGGACGGUGCAUUACACAGCUCCGUGGCACCAGCAGGAGAACGUCUUCCUGCCUGGCAGCCGCCCCCCCGCCGUAGAAGACCUCCACCGCCAGGCCAAAGUCAACCUGAAGAGCGCCCUGCGAGAAUGCGACAAGUUGAGGAAAGAUGGAUUCAGGAGCUCUCAGUACUACUCUCAGGGUCCCACCUUCUCUGACCCCUUACAGUCCAACAGCAGCCUGCAGGAUGAAGAGGAGGAUGAUAAGAAGUCCACAGCAUCAUCAGCGGAGGACGACAAAUCUCAGCUGUCCAUGAGGCCCCAAACCCCCCAGGAAGGCGUUGAGGGAGAGGAGGGGUACAAGGUUGACGGAAAGAUUGUAUGGAACAAGGGCGCACCCCUCCCCACCCCGGAGCAGAAGAUGAGGCUGGCGGCUCAGGCCGUAGCCACAGACAUCGUUGCUAUCAACGUCACAGGGGCCGUGUUUGACCGGCAGGCCACCGUCCGGCGCUCCCUCAUUAACUCGGACACCGUGUCCCGCCGGCCCAAGAAGGUCAAACGCAGAAAGACUAUAUCAGGGCUGCCUGACAACUUCAACCAUGAGCUAGCAAAAGGAGAUCUCCGACCGCAUUCCAUGUUCAUCCCGGGACAGUACUCCACCUUGGGCAGAGUUGGGAGCGUCAACUCGAUGCUCCGACAUUCGGUCACCAGAGACUCCGGCUGCCAGACAGAAGACGUGAAGGUUGUGCCCCCGUCCAUGAGGAGGAUCCGGGCUCAGAGAGGACAGGGGAUCGCGGCUCAAAUGGCCGGCAUUUCUGCUUCCUCCUCAACAGGAAGUAUAUCCAUCUCGAGCAGUGACAGCUCGGGGAUCAUGAUGCUGCCGCAGUACAACAGAGAUCUUUCCCGUUUUCACAGUCUGCCUCGACCGGGGGCCAGAGUGUCUCUCAGUGCGGACCCCAUCUAUAGCAGCACCCCCAUCAAGUCAGAGGAGCAAACUACGCCUCAGAGGCAGAUUGGGAGGCUGCAGGUUGACGACACGGUGGUGCACAUGAGAAAUGCCCCAAGGACAGGCACCCUUCCCCGGCCCAAGUCUCAGGAGCUGAGGGGGGUGAAAGCCAGUGAUUGGGGGGGCGGCCCGGCAUGUGUGGUCUCCCCACAUGCUGCCUAUUCCACCUCCCUCCUCCCCAACGCCACCCUGUCCAGCUCCUCUGAGGUCAUUAUGCUCAACACCUCUGGUCCCUCCCCUUCCUCAUCUUACCCCACAGCUCGUCCGCUCAGUCUGGCUUCCUCCACCAACACAAACCCCAUGAGCCCCAGCCCAACCUCUUUUACCCACAGUUCCACCUGCCCAGCCUUGGCCACCUCGACCCCCACUCACCCACUAAGGGAUGGCGGUCUGGUGGUCACAGCACCGGCCAGCGAGUUGGGGCACUCUGACAGUAGUAUACACAGCCGCAGCACCUUGGCUCCCACGCCGCCCUCCGGACUGCCAGAGGAACAGUGGAUCUACGACACGCCAGAAAACAUGGUGCUUCCACACCGCACCUUGACCUCCAGCUGCUCCACUCCCAUAAACCAGCUGUACGGCAGCCUGGACCACUCCUCCAGGACUACUACUGACUCCAGCUCCCUCUAUUCCCAAGACAAUGACGGAUACUACACCUCCAUGCACAUGGACUCAGGCCUGCGCUCUCGCAGCCAUGGCAGUGGGCACGGAGCGGCGCCUGCACGGGCCACCAGGCACAGCAUGUACGAGUGCCGGGAGAUGGCCAAUCAGGAAGACACUGGAAGCUUGUACAGUGAUCGCUCGCUGUCACGGAGCAUCUCACUCCGCAAGUCCAAGAAGCCUCCGCUGCCUCCAGCUCGCACAGACUCUCUCAGACGUAAGACCUCUGUGAAAAAGCCCCUCGGAGGCGUAAGCGCCAUCAGCGGUGCUAAGGAGCCAAACGGAGCCAUGCUCAAUGAGACUCUAAUUGCCAGCUUGCAGCAGAGCCUGCAGAUGGGGCUGAGAGGAGGGAAGGGGAUAGGGGCUUCGCCUUCCUCGCCCUCUCACAGCCCAUGCAGCGACUACGAUGACCCUUGGGUGCUGCGGCCACGCAGUCAGAGUAGCACCAGUGCAUGUAGCUCUGCAGCGUCGCUUGUAGCUAAUGCCAACUGUGGCGGCGUGUCUAGCGUGUAUUCGCUCUGCCAUGUGACGCCUGCUCAAAGCGACACCAGCAGCUUGCGCUCAGACUAUGCUGAUUCCUGGGGCUACUACAUGGACUACCCGCGUAACCAAGGAGACCAGAGGGCACACUCCCCUCAGGCUCAUGGCACAAACAACAUGUUGGCCGAGGCUCACCCCGGAGAGUUAAACAAUGGAGGUGAGAUCCUGAACGGCAGCCAGGCGCCUGGAGCUCCAGGGCAGGAGGGAGGCGUGGCAGCGAAGCCCAAGAUGUCCACCUCCUCCCCGGACCGGGUGCACAGACUGACCUCGCCGUCCAGCGGCUACUCCAGCCAGUCCAACACCCCCACAGCUGGGACCCCCGUCCCCUCGUUCAUCAGGUCCAUGUCUCCCUCGGGGACCCGGCCCAGGCCCAGGGUGCCCGAGAGGAAGUCCUCUCUCCUCUCCUCUGUGUCCAUGUCCUCCUCUUCCACCUCCCUCUCCUCCAACACCUCCGACUCAAUCAAAAGCUUCGGACCUCCUCCCCCACCACCUCCACCCUUGUCACUCCUCUCCUCCUCAGCUCCCACCACCCCUCUGAGCCCAACUCCAUCCUUUCCUCCCCCUCUACCGCCAAGCUCCAUCGCAGGCCCCCCUCCUCCUCCAGCUCCCCCGUUACCAACCACUCCCCAGGGUCAAACACAGAGCCCACCCCCUGCUUCCUCCACCUCCCCUGAUUUCCCCCCUCCUCCAUCCCCUGAUACACUAUUCCCCUCCAGUUCAUCCUUCAAUGGGAGCUUCAGUCCUCCCCCUCCACCUCCCCCGCCUAUCCCCUCUAUGGGGCCCCCUCCACCUCCUCCAUUGCCUGCUUUUGUUCCACCUUUCUCCUCCCCAGCCUUUCCUAAAGCAGCUCUCUCCACCAGCCCUACGAAGUCACCUAAUCCCCUGGUCACCCCGUUUGCGCUGCAGAGCGUUCAGCUCCGCUCUGUCAGGCGGCCAGAGAAGGAGAUGAACGGCACGUCAGGCCACAGCAAAGCUCCGGGAACAGGGCUGGACCUCCUUCAGGGUCUCAAGCCCCUACAGAAGUCUCACUCCCUGGAGCAUCCCACUAUGCUGUCAAACGGCUCCCUAGAAGAAGAAGAUUCUCGUAACUCCUCACCAUCCCCUGUCUCAAAGCUCUUAGAACACUUCCCUUUUGACUUCAGUAUCACAGAAGACACGACAGAUAGUGCUGUCCUAAAUGGACAAUCUGAGGAUCAGAGUUACUUUGUCUUACACAGAAGAGAAAAAGCAGAAGAGCAGAAUGUAUUGCCAAGCCCCCCACAGAGCUCUGACAGCUCCCCUGUCAAACAGAAGCCCCCAGUCGUCUCCAAGAAACCCAAAAUGUCUUUACUCCACCAAUUUAGCCCCCAACCAAUCAUUGAACAGAUUCCAUCUCAGCAUGAGGGCACAACCAGCCCGUUACAGACAGAAGACCAAGUGGAUGCGCUGCAAAGAGAAAUGAAAGAAGAUAACAAAAGUGAGCAACAGGAAGAAGAGGAAACUUCAGAGACCUCCGAGGUUCAAGCUAAGAGCCGUGACACACCUGCUGCUGCUGCUGCUGCCGGCCAAUCAAGUCCUGACCAUGCGGUGUAUACCAAUGGAGAGGCUCGCGAUGAGGAAGAGGAAGAGGAGGAGGGAGAUGGAACAAGUAGCACGACUGGGUCCGUCAGCUCCAAGGAGGACGACACAGGUGAGGUGUUCUUCUCCAGCACGGCUGAAUCGUCUCCGGUCCCGUCAGCCAACGGGGCCUCUGAGGAGAAAAUGGUGACCCCGACUCCCACCCGGCCCCGGACCACAGAGGACCUUUUUGCCGCCAUUCACAGGUCGAAGCGGAAAGUCCUGGGACGCAAGGAGACGGAGGAGGACAAGUCCCGGGCUGGGAGCCAACCCCAGUCUCCACCGGCCACCCCAACUGGGGGCUCCCCGGUGAUGGGGUCCCCGGGCAUGGUGUCCCCGGGCAUGGCGUCCCCGGGCAUGGCGUCCCCGGUCAUGGCGUCCCCGGUCAUGGCAUCUCCGGGCAUGCCGUCCCCGGGCAUGGCGUCCCCGGUCAUGGCGUCCCCGGCCAUGAUGUCCCCGGGCUCGACGUCCUCCUUGCCCCGCCAGACAGGCUCCAUCCAGCGCAACCUCCGCAAGUCCUCCACCAGCAGCGACACCUUCAAGGCCCUCCUCCUGAAGAAGGGCAGCCGCUCAGAGACCAGCUUCAGGAUGUCGGCCACCGAGAUGCUUCGCUCCACCGGCCCUCGCACCCAGCGAAUAUACUCCGAGUCAGCGUUGGACUCUCCUGCUGCUUCUCCCUCCUCACUGGGGUCCCCAAACAGCCCCUGCAGCUCCCCAGGCCGCGGGAAGAGGGCAACAGAUGAGUGGAGCCGCUACGACGCGUUUUCCCUGUCCUCGCCGACGGCAUCGACCUAUUCAAUGAGCGGGUUCAAGUACGGGCGCUCCCGCACGCCGCCUUCUGCCGCCAGCAGCAAGUACAACGCCCGCAACCGAAUGCUCAGCAGCCCAAUGACAGUCAUCUGUGAGCGGGAGGGGGAGCUGGCUGAGAGCGAGUACGGAGACCCUGCAGAAAGUCUGUCCGGACCCUCGGCGCAGACCCUGGCUGUACUCAAUAACUCCAAUGGCACUUUAUCUGGAGAGAGCAGAAGUUAACGAGCAAGGAGCGCCCCUUAGAUACAGGGAGCUAAACUCUAUCAUCAUAACCAGGUAGCAGGCAGGAAGAGGAGCCAAUAGUUGGCCCUCUGGACAGAACUUCCUGUGCCACUCCCCCUCAAAGCCCGAAGGGGUGGGUGUCAGGUGCUGAUGUGAGGUCAGAGGUCACCCCGUCAUGGACAGAGCUGAACUUUAUCUGAAGUGGACUGGUUGUGCUGCAGCUUUUCAUGGAUUCUCACUCUGUCCUUCGUUUCACAUUUGUGUUGAAAGAAAAGUGUUUCUUCUACACCUGGUGUUUUAAGUAUGUUUUCCAUUUGUUUCGCUGUUUUCUUUUACUGUAUCAUGUCCCUAACACGCAGGACCUCUUACGUUUCUUUGAAGAACAAGGUUGGGGUGGUAAACUAAGAUGAAGUGAAGGAAUUGAAAAGUAACUUUGCUGCUGUGGUGCUACGUAGCUUGGCAAUUGGAAAGAGUGGGAUGUAGACGCUCGACUUGUGAACCUCCUCAGCUUCUGCUUCUCUUCUGUUGGCUCUGGAAAGUGUUUGAAUGCACCCCCUUGUGCAAGUGUUGGCUUCAAACAGCCCAUAACAUUGUGGAAAGAACGAGAGGAAGUGGUACGACAGAGAGCACCACGAUACCUCUUACAGGGGACCUAUCAUGCAAAAUGCACUUUUGUACAUUUUUUAUACAUGUUUAUACAUUAUACAUGUGUCACAAAACCCAACCCUCUCUCUUUUCCUCCAUACCCAAAUCUCUAAAAACGGGGCUGCAAUGGAUCUGAUACAGACUUGAAAAU